AUGACAGCAUCAUCACCACCACAUGACACAAAGCAAUUAGGAACGCAAAGAGAAAAAGAAAAAGGAAACCCAAAGAAAAAGGUUAUUUUGUCAACAGAAGGGGAGGAGAAGAAAAGCUCCACCCGUCGUGCGCCGGGGUGCCCGCGUGCCUGCCUGCCUUCUUCAGCCCCCCACCCCCCCUCUUCUCUCCAACGGCGACGAGCGAAUCGCGUGAAUGAGAUGAGAUGGGACUGGGAGACGCCGGCGACGGAAGCGGAGGCGGAGGCGUUGCAGGAGCGCAUCUGGGACCUCCACGACAAGCUCAGCCACGCCAUCCUCGCCCUCUCCGCCUGCGCCGGCCUUCCGGCCUGCCGCUGCCGGGGCGCCCCCAACGGCCACGUAAUCCUCAAGGGGCAGCGGCCGCCGCAGGGGGGAGGGCACGUCGACCUUGCCGCGGCGGCGGCGGCCAUGGCGGACGCGCGGGGCCUGCACGCCAUCCGCACCGCGCUCGAGGACCUUGAGGGCCACCUCCACUUCCUUCGCGAUGUUCAGUCACAACAGCGUGCCGAUCGAGAUGCCGCGAUUGCUAGGGUGCAGCAAAGUCGUAUUCUCCUUGCUGCAAGGUUGGCUGAACAUAGAGGAAAGGGGCAUGGAGUCAUUGAGGAAGCCUUGGGUUUUGUGGGUGAUGUGCGUGACAAGAGCCAUUUUGUCUCGCCCGAAGAUGUGUAUGGGAUGCACAGCCAAUCAGGGGAAGAUGAGGAGGAUCGCAGGGGGCAUGGUUCAAACAUGGUGGUGCGUGUGGUAUCCUGCAGUUUUGCUUUAGCCAAGAACAUUUUAAGAUUCGAGACGAUGGGUAGUGUGCUGGGUAAUGCUACUGUGUUUGCAGUAAGUAUGCUCACAUUCUUGCAGCUUCAUCAAUUGGCCUCUGGUAAACAAAUGCCAGCGGUCCAGUAUAGGAGAACCGACAAUGUUUCUCUCUCUGGAGGGUCAAGAAAAGACACUAAAGGAAAGCAUCUGGAAGUGUUAUUAGCUAGAGGUUGA